AUGUCUCCCGAUAUGGCUUCGUCCCUGUUCCCCGACCGGCCGAUCAGGCCGUUACCGAAACGACGUCUCCGUGAGAGGCUGACGCCCGAGGCGGCCGAGUCCAUACGAUACCCUCCCUCCACCUUCAGCUCGGUGCCCCUCUUCCAGUACCCUCCAUACUCGGCCAGGGACGAGGCAGCAACGCCGAGGGCGGCAGGUCCUGCUAGCAACAGCACUGUGCCUGACCAGGGCCGCCAGUCUACUCGGAAUUACACAAUCAACGCCGCUACCGGCACCGCCGCGUCUGGCCCCCGCACCGCUCUCGUGAGGAGGGAACACCCCGAGAUCCUCAACACAUCCGCCGCCGCCGCCGCCGCCGGCCGUCCGGCAGCAGCAGCAAGACCGGACCAGCGUCAACAGUCGUUGAGACUGUCGGACCCGCCGCCGCCGCCAUCGGCUGCCUCGUCAGUCGAUGGCUACGACUCGUUUGAGAACACCAAUAAUAAGAAGAAGCGUAAGAUUCCGUCAGCCGGGGACUCAACGUUGAAUGGCACGCACGGCAGCAGCCUGGGCAGCGACGUGAGCUCGCCGCAAGGAGGCGGUGGGGUGGCGACGACGACGGCAGCAGCAGCAGCAGCAGCAGCAGCGACGGCAGCGGCCGCGGCCGAGGUCAACGGCGACAGGGCCGGUGGUGUGGGAUAUGCUGGGUCGGGGUCCUUUGGUGCUAACAACAGCAGUCCCGGGAUGUCUGGCUCCGGGCGAGGUCGUCUUGUGGGACGGUCUAGGAACGGGAGGAGUCCGCUACGUGCGCUGUCGGACGGCAACAACACGUGGGCCGGGAGGCCACCGAAAGGCCCGGCGCCGCACUGGGCCUCCUCGGCAGACUACGAAGGGGGUAGUGGCAUCAUCUCAACCGCCAUCGCCAAGGCGGAAAGACUGGCUCCCCGGCAGGGCCAGGAGAAUGUCAGCCUGCUCGAGCAGCACAGCGCCGUUGCGAAAACGGCACCGGCGUCGACGCAGUUUACGUUUACCUGCGAAUCGCAGGUUCCCGGAUCUCUUCAGUGGCCUGCAUCAGGUAAAACGGCGAGAGCUGGCAUGGCUUCGGAGAAAUCGGCGGCAGGGGUGUCCGGAUCGUCGGGCAGCGGCGGACCCCCAGAUGAUCCGUCCAAAGGAUCUGGCGGACGAGGGGGCGGAUCGUCGAGGCGGAAGAAGGGCCGGGCGCUAUCCAAGGAGCUCAAGGCAGCUGCGGAACAGCGUGAACAGGCAACGCGGGAGCAAAACGCGCACAACCCGCCCAAGGAGUCGGAGCGGUGGAUGUGCGAGUUCUGCGAGUACAAGGCCAUCUUUGGCAAAGAACCGGAAGCACUGAUCCGUAAGUACGAGAAGAAGGACCUCCGAGCUCGACAGGAGGAGGCGGACCGGAAGCGUCUCCUGGAGAAGGCCAAGGCCAAGGGCCGCAAGGCCAAGAGGAGCGGCAGCGCGGCGACCAAGGGCGGCAGCGCGGGCAACCAAGCGGGCGGGACCCAGACGGCGGGGACCGAGGCGGAGCAGUGGAACGACGGAGGACUGUUCCACGAAACGGCCGAGGCUGUAUACGUGCAGGAAGAGCCCGGGGCGGCAUCUGACGGCGGCGGGGCGUCUCGGAGAGGCAAGCUGAAGGACCAGCUGUCGCACGACAGCGGAACGAUACCGCCAGGCUAG